GAGUCAUACGCAUAUUAAGUUCGUUAACUAACUAACUAGUUAACUAAGCAAGUUACCGUUCUUACCGAAGAUGCCGCGGCCCGAGUCACCCCAAUCCGAGCUUUAGGACGCGGAUUUCAGGCAAGGAUCCGUCCAUGACAUAAUCCUACAUCACAGCCACUGGACACUGGCGUAGAGGAAAAGCAAAGAGUAAAGAUGGAGUAAAAAUGAGGUCCUAAGUGAGCACCUAUGAUCAAGUUAUAUAUGUUUAUGAGCAGAAAGUUUCACCAUGACAUUUUCAACAGUGUUGUUGGAAUAAUACCUAACGACCCCUAGUCCUAUCCUGUGGUAGGCCUUAUUUGAUUAUUUGAGUCAUACCCACCCAUCAAUCAACUCGUGGACGAACCGAUACACAAAAUGCGUGUUACACACCCUUCAUCUCCAUCCAAAAUGAACAUCCGACGUCACCCUCAAGGGCGGGUAUCUCGAGCAUGUGACAGCUGUAGAGUCAGCAAAGCCAAGUGUGAUGGAAACCGACCUUGUAGUCGAUGUAAAGCCAAAGACCACAUAUGCGUUUUUGCAGUCAGAAGACCGCCGCCAAAAAAUCAUCCCGAAGGGUACGUCACAUUAAGUCUUUUAAGCUCAGUGGACUUGUGUCUUAUUGAAUUUUCCAGAUAUGUUGAGAUUCUAGAGCAACAGCAGAGCUGGUUGGUUUGUGGCCUGCGACAGCUGUAUAAGCUGAGUAUACAGGGGAAAAGCUGGCCCGGUGAACGACUCAAGGAAGAUGAUAACGGUUACCCCUUGACACAUGAUGUGCUUUCCCGCCUGGGUGCUCUGGACAAACCUCCGGAAGCCGAAGAACCGCCCCAGGAGAACAUCGGUUUGGAUCCUUGGCUACAAGGCUUCUCGCACGUGAUCUCCCCAUCCUUGUGCAGAGUUGAUACCCGAAUGCCUUCCUCGCCGCCCCGAAUGACAGGAAUUCCGUUUCAGACGAUAUCGUCGCCUGAAAGCCUUCAACCAGGAGAGCCAGGCCUCAAGCAGAAUUCUAUUAUACCUUAUUUUUUCCCUCCCUCACAGCUGUCUCUUUGUGAUGGAAAAGAUCCAAACAUAGCUGGUCAUGAUAGCAUGUGCCUGAUGGAUGAACCACUAUUCUCCGAUGAGAUCGAUUUAGCAGAAGGCAAGUCCAGAAGCUCUGGCUAUGAGUCACUUUCGUCCUCUUUUACGUCAAACUUCGUCUCCGUGGAUAUCUCCAGCCAUUCCCUGGGAGUUUGAGACAAUUGGCAACCUGGACAGCACUGAUCAGUUACCGCGCCUGAAUUCCCCUAGUGUCAUUUAAACAAGAAACGGUCUUCGCCCGAAAAGGAGAAGAAAAUGAAUUUGUGUUCAAUCUCCCUUGGAUAUAUCUCCAAUCAUUAUGAGCUUAACCUUGCUCCUCGGACUUAGUGUUGUGCGAUGUCCAGCACGGAAUAUCGUGGGCCCGACGCAAGGGGCUCUCACGCAAC